AAUUGGGGAAACAGAGAGGAAAAGGUUGUUUGGAAAGGUUGUUUUCCUCCGAUGAAUCAUCUUGAAAAGUAUAGACGAUCUUUGUGGUGACAGCGGAGGAGGCCACCGUCACCUAGCAACCAGCUACAACAAACUACACAACGCGACGUCGAUGGUUAAUGGCUAGCGUUAGCCAGCGAGCUAAGCGGUGUUUCGGCUCAAUGUGCUACCCUGUUAACUGACGACAUCCGACGAGAACACGUAGCUGUCAAACAACAUCAUUGCAAAGUUAAUGGAAACAGACUAAACAAAGAGCCAUUCCCUGGGACUGCUACGUGUCUUUCUGUUUCAACUGCUCUCGUAACUACGGCAACAGCAGACGCAUUGGCCUCACGGUGACUAGUUAACAGGGUCGCUCGUUGAACCGAAACACCGGCUGUAGUUAUACUAGCUAGCGUGGAGAAAACCAAGCGAACAGCUUUUAGCGGAAGAAAUGGUGAAACACACGAUUCAGAUAUUUGGUCGUGUUAGACCCACUAAGAAAACUCCGGCGGUGUACUCUGUCGACAGUGAGGACCAAACAGGUGCUUCUCUGCAGUUUGUGGUACCCAGGGACCUGGCUGAUGGCUUUGUUAACAACAAGAGGGAGUGCUACAAGUUCAGGUUCCAAAAGGUAUUUGAUCAAGCAGCCAAACAAGAAGAGAUAUUUGAAAACAUUGCAAAACCGGUUGCAGACAGUGUAUUGGCUGGCUAUAAUGGCACCAUAUUUGCCUAUGGUCAGACGGGCAGUGGGAAGACCUUCACCAUCACGGGAGGGGCUGAGCGCUACAGUGAUCGUGGUAUUAUUCCCCGCACCCUUUCCUACCUGUUUGAGCGCUUCAGCCAGGACAGCAGUAUGGUUUACACCACACACAUCUCCUACCUGGAGAUCUACAAUGAAAUGGGAUAUGACCUCCUGAAUUCCCAACAUGAAGCAUCCCGACUUGAAGACCUACCAAAAGUAAUGAUCAUGGAGGAUCCAGACCAGAUCAUCCAUCUGAGGAAUCUGUCACUGAAGCAGUCAACAAAUGAGGAGGACGCCCUGAAUCUGCUCUUUCUGGGUGACACCAAUCGUAUGAUUGCAGAAACUCCAAUGAACCAGGCGUCCACACGUUCCCACUGUAUUUUCACUGUGCACUUAUGCAGACGUGAGCCGGGCUCGGCCACCCUGCGGCGCUCCAAGCUUCACCUGGUGGACCUGGCUGGAUCGGAUAGGGUUAGCAAGACGGGACUAAAUGGGCAGCUGCUCACUGAGGCCAAGUACAUCAACCUCUCCCUCCACUACUUGGAGCAGGUGAUCAUAGCUUUGUCAGAGAAGAACCGAUCCCAUAUCCCCUACAGGAACUCCAUGUUGACCUCUGUGCUGAGGGACAGCCUCGGAGGCAACUGCAUGACUACAAUGAUUGCCACUAUGGCAGUUGACAAGAGGAACCUUGAUGAGUCCAUCUCUACGUGCCGCUUUGCUCAGCGGGUGGCUCUCAUCAAGAACGAGGCAAUAUUGAAUGAAGAACUGGAUCCUGCCCUGCUAAUAGCGCGUUUGAAGAGGGAGAACCAGGCUCUGAAGGAAGAGCUGGUCAUGAUGGCUGGAAAACCGAGAGAGGACCAGCUAACUGUGGAAGAGAUCCAGAAGUUGGAAGAGUUAGUCAAGGCCUUUCUUGAUGACCCUGAUCCAGACCUGACACUUUCAUUGGGACCAGACAUGAGAAAAAUCCAGUACUGUUUCUCCCUUCUGAAGGUAAUGCUCAUGGACAAGCAAGGACAAAGAAGAAAUAGGUGCAGUGAUGAGCAAGAAUCACCAGCAGCCACAGUGAGUGAAGAAGUCAUUGAAGACAGCCACCACAGUGCAACAGAGGUGACCGAAUUAAAGAAGACGCUGACGCAACGUAAUAAUGAGAUCAGUAUUCUCGUUAAGAUGUUGAAGAAGGAGAAAAAGGCGGCCAAGGAUGCUGCUGCUCAGCUCGCUAACAUCACCAAUGGCCAGAAUCUGGCCUCCCAGAGUGCCUUGAGGGUGUCCACACCGCCAUCGUCAAGGGAUGGAAGCACAGAAACUAUUUCUCCAGACCAUGCGGGACGAGCUAAACAGUACAUGAAAAGAGGUCCUCAGCUGUCUAUGGGGAAGCAAGAGGCUUUUGAGAUCUUCAUCAGGGACCACGAGGAUCACCUGACUGUUGAAGACAACAAGAAGCUACUCAAACACAGGUCAGCUGAAGCCAAAAGACUUGGGGCAGAACUGAUCGAAGUCAGAGACAGAAUAAAUGAGUUGAAGACGCAGUUAGUGAUGCAGAGGAGGCAGAGGGCAGCUCAUGGUGUAAUGGAGAAUCACACAGAGGCUGAAGAGGAGGUCGACCCGGUGCAAGAAAAACUAUGCAUACAGAUCAAGCAGGAAAAUAAGGCGUUCAAGAACAUCGUUAGCCACCUGAAAGCGUUAAGGACAGAGAUUGAGCACCUGCAGCUGUUGUUGGAGAGGGCGAAGGUCAAGCUCCAGAAAGACUUCCUUAAGUGGUGGAGCCAGGAGGCUUCCAGUGUGCAGGACUCUGAGUCAGAAGCCGCAGCCAGAUGUCACGCAGCACCGCCAAGUGGAACCUUGCAGCCAUCUUCACCUGGCACUCCAGGAUUUCGCACACCUAAUGUGAGCAGUGCAGUGAGAUACUCUCCGGUGGGCCAGGACCCAAAUCCAAACAGCUCCACUGCUUCUGUUCAAGAUCUCAGAAGCUUCAUCCCCAAAACCGUACCACCCUUGACUGCUGUCCCAGCUUGGCAUGAAGAGUCCUUGGAUAGGAGGGUGACUCCUUCGUCUGAGUGGAGGGCCCUGUCCCCCACCAAGCUUUCAUCCUCUUCUAUUCCCCUGACUGGAGACCAACAGACUGAUGCGGACAUCCUGGCCUUUGUCAGAGCCAGGCAAAACCUCCUCACCAGGACAGGUCCACCUCAGUAACAACGCAAUGUUCUGAUGAAUCAUGUAAGAACUGCUUGUACAGCCUCCACAUGUGUCAGGUGAUACAACAAUCUUACAAACUUGUAUUGGACAUUAUAGAUUGUUGAUGGACUGACAAUGAAGAUGUGUGAAGACAGUUAUCUCAGCUGGGACCAAAUCAUACUAGAUUUGUAAUUUU